AUGAAUCAUGAUCUUGAAGGUUUAAAUAAUCAAAUAGCUGCACCAAAUUCAUCGUUAAAGAGCGAGGAUAAUCCAGAUAAAGUCAUGCUACACCAUAGACAUUUGACAAUUAAAGAAUUUUUGAGAAAAGAAUGUAUAGAUGAUUUCCAUCCUUGUUAUUUCGUUGGAUUUUUGGGAUGCGGUAUAACUGGUAAUAUUUUUUAUGAGUUUCCAUAUCCAGCUACUUGGUUGAAAGUAUUUGGAAUUAUUUUUUUUUGUAUGACUAUUUUCAUAUUCAUAAUAACUACUAUGAUGUUAAUUUUGAGUUUAAUUUAUUAUCCUAGAAGGUUUGGUAUAUAUGUACAUGAUUAUAAUUAUUCAAUUUAUUUUGCUGUAUAUUCAAUGGGGUUCUCAACUAUUAUUAAUGGAAUUCACAUGCUCACCGAAGGAAGAUAUCCUAUUUUUCUAUGGACAUUGUUUUGGAUUGGUGCAGUGCUAGCAGUUCACAAUACAGCAGUAAUAUUUUUCUUUUCAUUUUUAUCAAAGUUUAGUAUUCAUAAACUUGCAGAUAUAAAUGCAAGCAUAUUUAUGCCUGUAGUUUGUUGUUGUGUUCAUUCUAGUGUUGGCCAUCGAUUAGGAGAUAUUUUAAAAACAAGAAAUCAAAAAAUCAUUACAUCAGUGACAUCAUUAAUGUUGUUUUUCAUAUCUUUAUUAUUGUUUCAUGGUGUUGGAGCAGUAUUUAUGCUUAGACUUAUAUUGUGUAAAAUUCCAAGUACUCCUCAAAUUUUCACACAAUUUUUGCCUAUAGGUUUCACAGGUCAAAGUAGUUAUUCAAUCAUGUUAUUUGGAAAUAAUAUGUAUAAUUGGAUUCCAGAUGAAUCAUUAGGGAGAGCAUUUUUGGUGUCUAGUGCGUUGUUAUCGUACGCUUUGUUAGCUGGUAGCUAUAUCUAUAUGUUUAUCGCUAUAGCUUCAUGUUUUUCAAAAUCAAAACCAUUUGCUAAAAAUCCAGACUCAGAAUACACUACAAAAAAAUUUGGUAUAAUUAAAUGGAAUAAAGGAUGGUGGACUAUGACUUUCCCUACCGGUACGAUGCUGCUUUGUUCUUAUGAGAUUUCAAAAGGAGUAGCCGGAUAUGACCUUUUAUUCUUCAAAGUAAUGGCCUCGAUAAUUGGGGUUGCAUUAUUUAUUAUUUGUACAAUAAAUGUAUUGGGACUACUAAUAUGUAUUUGGGCAAAAUUUUAUGAUGCAUUUUUUAUACCGCUUGAUGACAAUGUAAAAGAAAAAGUAUAG